AUGUUAGAUUUGUCUUUUAACAACAUGAGUGGAACACUUCCUUCAUGUUUGGGUAUCCUUAGCAAUUCAUUGGUGUCUUUGAUUCGGAAGAGAAAUAACUUCCACGGAAAAAUGAUGAAUGCUUUUAUGCUUGGAAGCCUGUUGACAGAACUUGAUUUGAGCGGAAAUAGAUUUACGGGUCUGCUACCAAGAUCAUUGACAAAUUGUACCAAUUUAGAGAUUCUCUCUCUUGAAGAUAACUCUUUUCAUGAUGCCUUUCCUUCUUGGUUGGGAAGUCUUCCGGAGCUACAAGUUCUGGUCUUGCGGUCCAACAAAUUUUAUGGUCCAAUUCAAGGUUACUCACAGUUUCCUAAGUUGCGUAACAUAGACCUCUCUAACAACAAUUUUAGUGGUCAGUUGCACCAAAACUACUUCCAAACAUGGCAUGCCAUGAGCUCCGACGAUCUUGGUGUAUCAUCUGCAAUGGAAUCAGAGAUAUCCUCCAGAAUUGUCUUUACAUAUGUGAAAUACACGGUGACCUUAAUACACAAAGGUGUCAAAACAGAGUACGAUCGUAUUUUAACCAUAGAUAUGUCCAUUGAUCUCUCUCGUAACAACUUUGAAGGAGAAAUCCUAGCAUCACUCCAAGAUCUUCGAGGCCUUCAAGCACUCAAUCUUUCCUACAAUCAUUUUAGUUGA